AAUUCCAUCCUGGCCAUAGCUGGGGACGACGAGACAGUCCGGCUGUGUGACAUCAACACUCAGAAGGUGCUCUGUGAGUUCGAGGCUCAUGAAACCAGGGUGAAAUCGGUGGACAGUUUCACCGUGGACGACUUCUGUGUUCUGGUGACGGCGUCAAACGAUGGCUUCAUCAAAAUGUGGAAACUUAACCUUGAGUCCUUGGAGCCUCCGGUCCUCCUGGGGAAGGUGAAUACUACGGCUCGGUUGACCUGUCUGGCCGUGUGGAAGCCCACCACUCUACAGGAGCCUCCCCCAGAGGUCAAAACAGAACCUACCACAUCUCACGACGUCAAGGAUGUACUGGAGCUUGAGAAGAAGAGGAAGAGGGUCAGGAUCUCGACUGUAGAAGUGGUCCAAGAGGAAGAUGCUUCACCCAAGAAGAAAAAAGAUGGUGGGAAAAAAAAGCUGAAAACUUAAUAAAAAAAUAAAAUAUUUAAAAAAAU